GUCCCGGCCUUCGAGGGGGACGAUGGGUUCUGCGUCUUCGAGAGCAACGCCAUCGCCUACUAUGGUGGGCAAUUAGCCUUCGAUAUUUUUCCCCCCCCCCAGGUGCUGGACCCCGCGUUCCGGGGCCCCUUCGGGAACGUCACGCGCUGGUUCCUCACCUGCCUGAACCAGCCCCAGUUCAAGGCCGUGCUGGGCGAGGUGCAGCUGUGCCAGAGGAUGGCCCAGUUCGACGCCAAGAAGUUUGCGGAGAGCCAGGCCCGGAAGGAGAAGGAGAAGGAGCCCCCCAGGAAGGAGAAGGAGCCCCCCAAGAGGGAGAAGAAGGAGAAGGACAAGGAGAAGGAGAAGGAGAAGGAGCGGCGGCCGCAGCCCGAGGAGGAGCUGGACGAGUGCGAGCAGGUCCUGGCAGCCGAGCCCAAGGCCAGGGACCCCUUUGCUCACCUGCCCAAGAGUCCGUUUGUCCUGGACGAGUUCAAGCGCAAGUACUCCAACGAGGACACGCUGUCGGUGGCGCUGCCGCACUUCUGGGAGCACUUUGACCGCGAGGGUUGGUCCCUGUGGUACUGCCAGUACCGGUACCCCGAGGAGCUGAGCCAGACCUUCAUGAGCUGCAACCUCAUCACAGGUGCGCCUUCAUCCCCAUCAUCAUCCUCUUCUUCAUCCUCUUCUUCAUCAUCAUCUUCAUCCUUAUCCUCUUCUUCAUCCUUAUCCUCAUCUUCAUCCCAAUCCCUGCCAUCCCCAUCCCUGUCCUUCCCGCUGUGCCCGGACUGGCAGGUGGAUUACGAGUCGUACACCUGGCGCAAGCUGGACCCCGACAGCGCCGAGUGCCGGACGCUGGUGACGGAAUAUUUCCUGUGGGAGGGGGAGUUCCAGCACGUGGGCAAGCCCUUCAACCAGGGCAAGAUCUUUAAGUGAUUCUGGGUGAAAAUCCCGGGGUUUUGGGCAAAAAUCCCGAAAUUCCAGAGCCCUUCAACCAGGGCAAGAUCUUCAAGUGAAAUUUGGGUUAAAAUCCUGGGAUUUUGGGCAAAAAUCCCGAAAUUCCAGAGCCCUUCAACCAGGGCAAGAUCUGCAAGUGAAUUUUGGGUUAAAAUCCUGGGAUUUCAGCUCAAAAUCCCAGAAAUUUGUACUGAAAUCCCAGGGUUUGGGGCCCUACAACUAGGUCAAGAUUUUCAAGUGAAAUUUUGGGUGAAAAUCCUGGGAUUUUGGGCAAAAAAAUCUCGGAUUUCAGAGCCCUUCAACCAGGGCAAGAUCUUAAGUGAAAUUUGGGCUGAAAUCCCCGGAUUUUGGGCAAAAAUCCCACAAUUCCAGAGCCAUUCAAGCAGGGCAAGAUCUUUAAGUUAAUUUUGGGUUAAAAUCCUGGGAU